UCAAGAUUUACCGUAUAUGGUCCAUUCGUGGACCAGUAUACUUACCAGAUCCACCCGAUCACAUGCGGCGACCUGAUAACCGCAUACGUUGUCUUCGGACUCGCGAUGUGCUUCGCCAUCCUGGCCGUGUUCAUCGCAUGCCAACAGACUCAGCGUUCACGCGUACCGUUGAAAAGUUUAUACGUGUGGAUGAUAUGGCUUGAAAUCGUAGCUAGUCUUGGGCUAGCAUUGUUGGCUUUCUCAUAUCUGAUCAAAGUACUCCGACCAAGCCUGUACUUUUAUCUCGGGAUCGUUGUCAGUCAACUAAGGGUGAUCUAUCAGGUACAAAUCCUCCUUCAGAUCAUCUGUAACCGAAUCAACGUUAUCCUUCAAGAUCAAAAGAAGGGUACUCUGUUGUGCAUUGGAACCUUUGUACUGGUCAGCAUAAUCAACGUCAGCGUCGGCAUCAUUUGGAUUCCUGCAUGCCUACAAAUUAGUGAUCGGCGUGUUGUAUUCCUUGCGGUAGUUUGGAUUCGAGUCAAUACCAUUUGGGACCGUACUGAGAAAGUAUUGUUCUUCCUCCUUGAUGCCGCCUUGAAUUGGUAUUUCGUGCGCGUUGUGAAACGAAAUCUUAUAGGCAAUGGGAUGGAAAAAUACAGACCUCUGGUUCGGUUCAAUCAGCGGAUGAUUCUGAUAUCCUUGCUAAUGGACCUGCUCAUAAUUGGGGCUAUGAGCCUUCAUAAUGGCUUUGUAUACGCAAUGUUCCACCCUCUAGCCUACUUGGUCAAGCUCAAUAUUGAGAUGUCGAUGGCAAACCUAAUUAUGAAGAUCGUUGUUGGAACU